CCCAUCGCACCGACACCUCUCCAACUAAAACCCUAGCCCCUCGCCCCCCCCAUGGCGGCGGCGCAGCAGCCGCACCCGCUGCCGCCCGUGCCGGCGGAGGGGGCGGCGCCCCUGGCCGCGCCGGCGGGGGCGCCGCGGCCGUACGAGCUGGCGGUCGCGGCGGCGGAGCUCCGCCCCGUGGACUGCAACCUCGCGGCGCUCUGCGACCACGUGCAGGCCGAGGGCUUCGGCUCCGGCGCCUUCUCCGAUGUCGUCGUCGAGGCCAUGGGCGCCACCUACCGCCUCCACCGCCUCAUCAUCUCCCGCAGCACCUACUUCAGGAAUAUGUUGCAUGGUCCAUGGAGAGAAGCAGGAGCACCUACAGUGGUCUUGCAUAUAGAUGAUUCUAAUAUUGAUUCAGAGGCAAUUGCAAUUGCGUUGGCAUAUCUUUAUGGGCAACCCCCCAAGCUUAAUGAUAACAAUGCGUUUCGUGUACUGGCAGCUGCAUCAUUUCUGGAUCUUCAGGGCUUGUGUACAAUCUGUACAGAUUUUAUUAUUUCUGAGCUUUGGACAUCAAACUUUUUACAGUAUCAGUUGUUUGCGGAAAGCCAAGACUAUGGUAGUCAUGGAGAGCGUGUCAGAAAUGCUUGCUGGGGUUAUCUUUGUCAAAGUGCCACACUGGAACUACGAGAGGUGCUUCCAAAACUUUCUUCACAAACUUUGCAUGCUCUCCUUACAUCUGACGAACUGUGGGUACCUAAUGAGGAGAAACGGUUUGAACUAGCAUUAUUUGCUCUACUGGCAAAGGUCACCGUUUCUGAUGUAGAAGUUAGCGGAAAUGAAAAUUUGGACCUUAUGGCAAGCUCAUUAACUGUCGAUUGUUCCAUUGGAAAGGGAAAGGGUCUGAUGAAUGAAACUGGUGAGAAGCAGCUAAUGGAAUCUGAACUGCAGAACUUGAAGUUGCAUGAUAACAUGGCGAGUAAAGCUGCCAAUAACAUUAUUGAUGUUCCAAAUGUUGUAAUUCCGCAGGAUAGCACACCACAAUCCAUUCCACAAAAUGCUGAAGCUUCCAAGAGGAUGGAGAAUGAUAUUUCUACAGGAGGACCAUCUGCAGAGAGCACCUCUUAUCAAUUUAACGAAAAUAUGUGGCUUUCCAGUGAGCAAACAAAGAAUUAUUUCUCAAGAACUUCUUCAAGUAAUGGGUUAGUUCCAUGUGAGUGGGGAAGACCCACUGCACCUCUUUGGGGUGGUAGGGUUGUUGGUCGACGGCAGGUUAGAUGCAGCAGGGGAAGUUCUUCUUUGUCUGCUGAUGAAUAUAAUACUUUCAUGAAUAUAUUUGAAAGGGGUUCUCUUCUCUAUUGCAAUAUGUCAUUUGAUGCACUGUUAAGUGUUCGAAAGCAACUUGAAGAAUUUGAAUUUCCUUGCAAAGCUGUAAACGAUGGUCUUUGGCUCCAGAUGCUCCUGUGCCACAGAGUGCAAGCAAUAGUUGCUGAUACUUGCAGAAACUGUUGCCUUACAAGUAAUUCUUGUGCUUGUAAGCAAGCAUAUGUGAGUACACACAGCCACUACAGGCAGGAGCAUGAUAGGACAAGUGCUUCAGGAACUGCAGGUAGUAUCUACCUUGCAGAUGGCCAAGGCGAUGGGAAUGGUAUGUUUAGUCCUGUGCGUGUUAAUGUAAGAGGAGCAGUUGAUGGACUUGCUGGCAUUGGGAGAGGAAACUCAAAUGUGCCUGGCGCUGCUUGGGCUCCUACACGUUAUGUCUUCUCUCGUGUUCCCUAUGGGCUUGGUUCAAGGAAUGGUCAGCAAUCAUUUGCCAAUGAUGAAUCAGAACCUAGAGUUGACCACAAUGGAGAUAUUCCAGGAGAUGGUCUGACUGCAUUGGUCAAUCUUAGCCAAGAAAGCAAUGCUUCUCAUCAUCAGGCAGAAAGUAUUUUUGAGGCAGGCAUGCAAACUAGAUAUUCUGGUGCUGCUACUGUUUCUACACCAGGUGGUUCUUCUCUCCAGAUGCAAGAGUCAAAAGAGCACGAACAUGGGUCCAGUUGGGAAAGUGCAGAUAACACAGCUAUAUCCUUGGACAUGAGAACACCGCUUAGUCAUUUCCCUCCUUUCCGCUUUGGGGUUGAAUUUGAAGAUGUGCAUAGGCUUUCAGAUGGUCAAGUGAAACACUCAGCUGAAGUAUUUUACGCUGGCUCACUAUGGAAGGUAAGUGUCCAGGCAUUCAAUGAUGAGGAUCCUCAUGGGCGGCGCACCCUUGGGCUUUUUCUCCACAGACGCAAAGCUGAAUUGUUAGACCCCUUGAGGAAGGCCCACAUGUAUAUAGACCCCCGGGAAAAGGUCACUGCUCGGUAUCAGCUCAUCUGUCCGUCGAAGAGAGAGGUGAUGAUAUUCGGAAGCCUGAAGCAGGCCGGCACUCUCCUGCCCAAGGCUCCAAAAGGGUGGGGUUGGCGCACGGCCAUACUGUUCGAUGAACUUGCUGAUCUUCUCCAGGGUGGAGCCCUGAGAAUCGCUGCAGUAGUCCAGCUUGUGUAAGCCAAAAAUCGCCCCAUCGUGCAUCUGGAAACAAACGAUGGUACUAUAUAUAGUAGCGUGGAUCUAUGCAAAAUAGGAGAGACGAUAGUACGUAAAUAAUGCCUUCAAGGUUGGUAGUGUAACUAUCACCGUAAUGUAAUGUAUUACCUCCGUCCCAAAAUUCUUGUCUUACAUUUGUUUAGAUACGGAAGUAUCUAACACUAAAACGUGACUAGAUACAUCCGUAGAAAAAUCGAAGACAAGAAUUUUGUGGACGGAGGGAGUAUGUAGAUAUUCCAGCAUGACUUGUAUUCCGCGAAUGAGGUACAUUCGGUGCCUUGAAGCAGUGUAAUAAGAGUCCUGUAGCGUCAUGUAAUUCAAAGUAGUUCGCCGCAAAAGAAUUGUACUAAUUCAAAGUA